GGCAGGGGCAGCAGGUAGCGCCAGGGCCGAAAAUUGUCCGCGCGCCUGGGCUCUCCACUCGCUCCCCCGACGCAACACCGCGGUUCGAAAUCGAAUACCUUGCUGCCUUCGUGGAUCGCUCCCGCAUACAUUCUCGCAUUCGCACCCCAUCAGCCAUCGACCCUACCACGCGCGACCCUUUCGCAAAGAGCCCCCCCGCGCGCGACGAGACUCCACGUCUAUCUGUUAUCUCACCGAGGAGACUCCAGCGCCACACUGUUCGACGCCAUCAUCGCACGGGUUCGCGCGCGCGUCGCCUUCGCUCAGGCCAUCGGCAGACCGCGACACGAGACGCCGCGGCUCCCACUGAGGCGCCCGUGACCAAACCCCGAUCGCGACGACUCUACUCGCCAUACGCGUCGAUCCUUUACUCUCCUUGGGUCCAAGACGCGCCCACGGUGCGACGGGCCGGGCGGAGGGUAUUGGAGUCGCUGUAGGAGCGUGCGUUGACUCGACUCCGACGUUCAACUGCUUCCUUGGAGGAGCUCAAAUCGCGCCUCGACUCGUCAAUUUGUCGCCUUGCAAAACGGGACGGGACGCAUUUACUGCUGCGCGGCCUGAUCGACCACCAGCCGCUCAGCGGGCGGCCUCCUGCCCGAGAUGUAUUCCGCCAACUAUGGCUUUGCCAACGCGCCAUUCAAUCCGGCGCAGCAGCAGCAGCCGCAACCGCCGCCGCAGCAACAGCCGCAGCCGGGGCAGCAGAUGAUGUACAGCCAGCAGCAGCAGCAGCAGCAGCAGCAACAACAGCAGCAGCAGCAUCAGCAUCAGCAGCAUCAGCAGUACCCCGGCAUGGGUCCUCAGGGCGGCUUCAACCCGGGCGCGAACCCUCAGAUGAUGCAGGGCAUGCCCGCUGGCAUGAUGCAGAACCCAGGCAUGGCCAACAUGGCCGCCAAUGGACAAAUGCAAGGCUACCCGCAGCAGUAUCCCGGAAACCCUUACGGCCAGAUGAUGCCGCAGGGCGUCCCUCCCCAGAAUUUCGCCCAAAACAAUUACAUGAUGCCGCAGGGCAUGCAGGGCUUCCCAAUGAACCAGGGCGGCAUGCCCCAGCAACAGGCCCAGAUGAUGCAACGGAUGCAGGCCCAGGCUCAGGCCCAGGCUCAAGCCCAAGCCCAAGCCCAAGCCCAGGCUCAGGCACAGGCUCAGGCACAGGCACAGGCUCAAGCCCAGGUGCAGCAAGGAAACCCGGUCAUGAGUCAAGCGUCGACCCCCCAGAGACCACCAAGCGCCCAGCAAGGCACUCCGGGAGGCAUCAUGCCCCCUCAGCAGCCGCAGUUCUCGACCCCUCAGCCUCCCCCGCAGAACCAGACGCCGGGCCUUGCGCCGCAACCGACAGGCGGUAUGACCACGCCUCAGACGCCAACCUUCUCUGCAAGCCAGGGCGGCGGCGGCAUGAGCUUGCCGGCGCCAACCCUAAUGAGCCCGACUACUGAGUCUCGUGAGAAGGAGCGAUUCGCCCUUCUUUUGGACAUCAACCACGAACUGCUCUAUGAGUCGAUUCAGAUUCAGACGACCCAGCAAGAGCUGAAGAAGGAGCAUGCCGCAGGCGGGGCAAACCCCGCGGACAGGAAACCUUCAGAAGAGGAGAGCCAAUUCCAACAAGAUUACGUGCAAUGCAUGCGCAGGUUGCAAGCCAAUUUAUCCUAUAUGGCUGCGCUGGCAGAUCGAAAGCCCGAGGUCAAGGUGCCGCCGUGCCCGGCUUACCUCACGGCGCCGCCGCUGAACCUGACGCUGAAGCUCAGGGCGCCGCCAAUGGGCGCUGAAGGUGUCGAUUCGACCAUCGACCCCGUAGCAGACCGAGCGGAGCGGGACAAGGCCAUCAAGGAGCUGUACAGGCGACUCCAAGGCGUCUUCCCCGGUUUCGAUCCGAAAAAGGAACCGCACACGUUUGGAAAACCGGCCGCUGGCCCCAAGGGCGGCCAGCAGACGACGUCGAACCAAGCGAGUCCUACUGUGCAGCAGGCUCCUCAGAUGCCCAACAUGCCGGCACCCCCGGCCCACCAGGGGUCCAUGUGACAUUAGCAGACGGGCGCAACGGUGUUGUUGUUCAGGAUAGAGCGGGGAAACCAAAGGAUCGGCGUCUGUGGCCAUUGAAAGACUUUAAUACGACACUUUUGUUCGCUAGUGCAAAUGGCGAC